CCCCCCCCCCCCCCAAUAGCCGCUCCUCCGCCCACGUCUUCAAUUCAUUCCACAGCACCGCACCAGACUCGAUUCGGGGGAUCGAAUGAGUAUUAUUUCGGUCCUCACCUCUUCCGACUUCCCACCGAUACGUUCCACAGGCGUUCGACCGGGUUCCUGACUAUAUUGCCUAGCCGUCCAGACGGCGCGGUGCCGAUGAUCAAAUCCCGACGCUUGAAUACACCAUGAAGCUGACAUGAUACCACAUCCCUCCGCCGGCGUCCAGCCAUGGGGCCGUUCCGUGCGCGCCCUCAAUAACGGCUCAGGACGCGUUGAUGCGUCUCAAACUUUGGGUCAACCCGAACCUCAGUUGGAGAAGUUGUCAAUGCCCAUGCCGCAAUCGCUACCCCGACAGCCGGCAGUGGUCGACCUCACAACCAACCCCAGCGAUUCCCAGGAACGCGAACCCCCCACUAAAAGGCUCAAAGUAGAUGCGCCUUCAGGAUCAUGUCCGGUUGAGGGGAGUCCAGCGCCUGGGAGUGGAGGAGAAGCGAGAAGCACCCCAGGCACCCAAAGCUCAAAACCGAAUCCGCUUUCCUGGCGUGGACGGCCUGUAUGGUCAUUUCAGGCCUUGGUUUCAGAAACCACUGGAGCUGCGGAGGCGAAAGACGGUGAUGCUACUUCGCAAGGCAAGAAUCCUGCAUCACCGCCUCCUUUACCUCUUGUCCCUUGGAAGUAUACUCCGCAGGAACCCUCCGGAAGCAACAGUACAAGACCUCCAGAUAUUGCACCUACAAAGGAAGUGCAGACCACUCCAUAUCGUAUUGUCGUCCCCCCCGUUGCACCGAAAGUGAAAGGGGAGAGAGUUGCGGACUUUUCCCCUUGGACAGGUAAUCAUCCCGAGGAUACUCUGAACGACCAUACUGCGAAGCAAGGCCAUUAUGAUCGAACCCAGGUCUCGCAAAACGAAUCGAAUACGGCACGCCCGUCACUGUAUGCGCAGUUGAAGCAUCGCUCCGGCCUUCAGAUGCUCUCGUCUGUUUUUGCCGCUGCCCUCGAGAAGCGCCAAAGUCACAAUACUGUUACUGCUCCAUCGAGUUUCAAGCCGCCUCCCCGCGUCACCUUGACCGAUAACAAACGCGAGGCUUGGCUUCGGGACCUUGCGAAUCCGUCCGUCCCUUUGCGCAGGCUGAGUCGGACGAUCCCUCAUGGCGUCAGGGGCAAGGUUUUGCUCGAUCAAUGUUUGGGCAAAGGCAUUCCGGUUCCCCGGGCCAUAUGGCUGGCAAGGUGUGUCGGGGCCAACGAAAUUCGUGCCUUUAAGCGUAAAGGCACAAGUGGGGCGCUCGCAUUGGGCCUUGAGACGAAAUGGGUCCGCGACUGGACAUCAACUGUCCAACAGUUCCUCGAAAGCGUAAUCGGUACUUGUGGAACGCCGGAUUGGAAAUUGAAGAUGACAUAUGCGGUGAGCUUAACUUCUCGCUUGUUCUUCGAACGCUUGCUGGACCAUGACCAGUAUCUCGCGUGGUUCUUGCUGUCGUUAGAAGCCGCACCGAUUAAUACAGUACCUGUUUGGCUUCUGAUGCUCGGCAUAUACUGGAACAACAUCAUGCGGUACAGAAAACGUGGUCGACGAUUAGCUGAGGUGCUACUGGAGAAGUUGCGCCAGAUCAAGCAACCUGCACAGCCUACAGCCCUUGAGCCGUUGGUGGAUCGCUUAUCCCGCUGCGUAAGGAGAUUGGUGCUGGAACAUACAUCCUCUGUCAUACUACCGAAUUCUUGGGAGAAGUACAAAGACCUAGUUGCGUCAUGCUUGAAUUUGAACGAAACACCGGACAAAACGACACUCCAGAACCUUGCAGAGCGUAAUGCACGCGUCCAGCUGCCUAACAGUCAUCAAGAGACGGCUCAACGGUUGCCUCAGCAACAUGUCAUUCACUUGUUUGAUUCUAUACGCUCGGCACAUGACAUCUCCUCUACUUCUUCUACCUGCUUGGGUGCUGUCGAAGACAAAGCGUCUCUGGUCUCGAAGCUGCUUGAGUGGGCAUCAACUCCAUUCCGUCAUGGCUCUCGCCGUGUGUAUACCAGCGUUCGCCUGCUGCGGAAAUGGAAGAUGUCGGGGAUGGAUGUUGAAUCUCACAUUCUCGCCUUCCUUGCUGAUGUUCAUAUAACCAGCCGAGUGAAUAUGGACAAUGUUUAUCACAUUAUUGCUGAACUUGUCCGGUCUCAGACAUUCUCUGUCGGCAGGUACUUGCAAUGGCUGAUGGCCAAAGGGGUGGCGAACGAUCCUUCGCCCGGCCAACAACAGGCUAUAUCGGAUGACCUUUGCCUUCUCAUGCAACUUCCAUUGGCUCGCCUUCCGGAGUAUGUCCGUAAUCUCCGCAAUACGCUGUUAAGCCGCGCUGGGAUGCCCGCAUCACAGGAGGAGUCAAUCAUUGCCGCCGUCAAGGCGUCCAUUGCUCAACGACUACCCAAGAUCUUCGGUGCGCAGAUCAGCGAUGCGAUGCUGACUGACCUGUCAUUGCCGAGUUUGACAUGGGCAGUCAAAUCCGAGAUUGGCCUGUGGAUUCGUCGUGGAGUAUCUGGACACCACCGCGAUCCCAUCAGAAAAUACGCCCAUAUACCUAUGUUGGCUGAUUCCGGGGUUUCUGCCCUUACCCCUGUCGAGUUCUACAACAUUCGGGAUGUCCUGGAGAGCUUCGGGGAUAUCUCAAUGCUCGCCGAUGUGCUCAAGCAGGCCACGAAUUGUGAUGACGGCGUUGUUCUGGCCUCCGUUGCGGAUACUGUCAAUUACCAUUUCGACUCUUUGUGUGUUAUUGGUGCUGCAACCGAUCUCUUCAAGGGACUCGUUGAGUCCUAUGCUCGCCUUAAGAGAUUUGGGGCGCCCAGCCUAGACCUCAUCUUCUCGCUGAUUGAGUUGGGACUACGAAUGCCCAGUGAGUUCAACACUGUUGCUCUUCUGCGUCAGGAUCUGUCUCGGAUUGAAAAUAAGUCGGCUCUCGCUGCACCGUCUCCGCUUUCGGAUCAUAUACCCAUGGGGGGCUUUGGUGAAUUCGACUCCUCGUUCCAGGAAAAGUUGGACCAGAUCCUAUUCUCUGGAGGUGGUAUGGAUGAGGCUACUAUGGAUGCUAUAUUCAAUUCAUUGACUCGAGCGUUGGGAACUGAACAUAGUCCUGUCAAGCUGUCCGCGAAUGACAUCUGCAGGUAUAUGGCUUACUUGAGGUCCUUCCACCCUAAACGCUUCGAUGCAAGGCUGGUCCGGUGGGUGUGUGGGCUUUUGAAGUCACCAUCGCGAUCCGCAUUGGUCCGCAUCCUUCCUCCUUUGAUCGGGGUCGGAUGCGUUACCAUCCAUGCUUUUGUCGUGCUUGUAAAGAAGCUGUUGCAAAUGGAAAGGGUGGCUUCGGUAGUUCCCAAGGUCACCGACCUGCGGCUGGAUCUUCUUGAGCUCCUUAUUCCAAAGGGCCCGGGCCAGGGCCGAUACGCGGACAUGGUGACGUACCGCUACUAUCUAGCACAGCAAGAGUUCAUCGACAAGCAUCCCGAGGAAUGCCUCGAGAUCAUUCGGGAUGCUGUGCCGUUGGUUCAUACUAGACAUCCGGGGACUGCGUGCGUGACCAACCAGACGGACCUUGUAACUUGCGCCAUGAACUUGCUGCAGACAUUACUUACGCAGAAACCGGAACGCAUGGUACAAUGCUGCAUGCAGAAAUUCAUAGGCCAGGACCUGGCUGCCACGGCACUUUUACAGAAGGCGCUUGAUACCCUUCUCGGCUUCGAUUCACAAGACCCCCAGGCUAUGCCCGAAGCCGAACGAGUCAUUGGCAUGAACAAUGAUUUCUCGCUCCCCAUUUGUCAACUGAAGCUCCAGGUCCUGUUCAAUGCCGAAGCGGGAAAUAAAGUCGACAAUGGGAUUGUGGACGUGAUGUUCAAGGCCGCGAUGGCUGAUGCUCGCUCCAAGAGGUCCCACUGGUACGGCCUGGUCAGUCUGAUGAGCCAGGAUGCGGUGCGACAGAUCCGUGAGCGAGCCGAAAAGGGCUUCUUUUCCGUUCCUAUGCUCGAAGAGCCCAUCGGCGAUCCUACCGUCGCCGACACAUCGAACUCCAUUGAGACCGCCCGACUUUAUCUGACAGUUGUCGAAAAGCUGGCGCAUAGCAUUCCCGAAGCCGGUGCCCACACGAUUGCAUCCACCCUGGUUGAAAGAAUGGAGCUGCUGCUUCAAAAAUUCAUCACCAUGCAGCCCAAUGGGUCUGGUGCGGUUGACGCCAGCCAGACGGCUCAGGUGCGCUCGAAUUUCGAACGGAGCCUCGCAUUCUGGUUCUCGGCCUUACUCAGACUGGUUGUCAUCCACCGCGCAGCAUUCAAUAUCCCGGCAUUAGCACCCAGGCUGAACGGCCUGCAAGAGCAAGCCCGGAUCUUGAUAGCCAUCUUCUGCAUCUCUCUUGCACGCUUACCGGACCGUGUCAUUCGUCUCUAUCCGUCGGCCAAUUAUUUCCCUCAUCCGGUGCAGUCGGAAAACUAUCGGCCUUGUCCUGGAAUCCUGUUGCAGACCCAUGCCCUGGAUGUCGCAGCAGCACUGAUCGAUACGUUUCCAGACGAGGCACGGCAGCAGUGUGCCCGUUUUCUCCGAGAGAAAUGCCCCCCUUUUCUCCAGUUCCAGAAUGACUUCCGCUUUCUCUAUCUUCUCGGUCCCAUGCUGGACACAUCAUCCCCCCAUCCUCCCCAGCCUGUUUCUCUACCAUCGCCUGCUGCCGGUGGUUCGACUCCGACGCCAACUGCAAAUCUCGCCGGCGGGCCACCCAAUCCACAGCAGACCAUCUCCUCAACUCCUUCCGGACUCCCCGGUGGGUUAGCUGAAGGCGUCAAUUGCAUUGCCAGCCAUCUUCGCCUUCAAUACCGCGGCCGUGUCAUCGGCGCGUAUCCUGUGCGUCCUUGGGAACUCCUCGAAGACGCGGCUCCGAUCGUGGGGAUGAACGAUACGGCUGUGAGCCUGAAAUACUUCGACGCCCGACGCGUCCGGGCCUAGACAUGUCCUCGGCUCAUGUCUUGUUAACCCCCCGUAUAUAUUAUUUGCUGCGACCUGCUGCAAGCUGACAUAUUUGUGCUUUCCUCUGCUCGAUACCAUAGUUUUGCAUAUAUUUAUCUAUUGCUGCCCAAUGCUUGGUGGGUUUAACCCCAACCAGAUCUCCUCAUUCUCUUGGUUUCUUUCGUCGCCAUUUCAUCCACGAUCCUUCAUCCGCGGUAUCGAUCUCAACCAGCAAGGGUGCACUGGUUAUAGCCGUUCCUGGGUUUCUAUUUUGGAGGGCAUCCAAGGUUGUAUAUAUAUAGAGAGCCGGGCGUUUCAGCGGGUGGGCGGUCCAUAGCAUUUACGAUUGGUAUAAAUAUCUACAACAUAGCAUUGUUUUAUUGCAUGAGCGAAUGGAGGUGAUUUGUUUUGAAGAAUGGAAUUAGGGACU